UCGAUUGUUGUUUUUCGCAGCAACAGUGAACGCGUCACGGGCCCCUGAUCCAUUGAUCGAGAGAUCCAGGCGCCGGUGGGACUCCUUACUGUUUCCACGCCUCCUCCUUUCACUCCCAUUGUGGUGAAUCUCCGGCUCUCACACACUUUGCCAGACUUCCAGGAGUUGGAACGACGACUAGAGGAGGGAGCAACGCUGUGAAAGGAAGAAAAGGAAAAAGCAGCAUAAACAUAUCUACUUUUCCGCAUGGAUGUCCCUCGCUCUCCUCGGGGACGUGAAGGAGGCGCGAUGGUUUGCAUUGCUGGGAGGACUUGAGUUUCUUGCCGGGGAGAAAGCACACUCUCACUCUCCGCUGGAAAGUUGUAAAAAGAAGUUCCCUUGAAGUUCUUGUUUGUUUGUUUGUUUGUUCUCCACCGCCUGUUCAGUUCACACGCAGUGUUUCCUCCAGCGCUGUAAAACCUCCUGCCAUCAUGGCGAGGCGGACAGCGGAGGCUCGCACGCCGAGGACUCGCGCUGCUUUCCGGGAUAAACACCUUCCCCUCCGCGGCGGCUCGGUGGCUUUUUCGUGGCGCCUCGCUUUGAUUUGCUCGGCUCUCUCUUGUGGAUACUGCGGAGCCGAGACGGAGUUUUCCAUCCUGGAAGAAGCGCAAGUUUUGGCGGAGCAAAUGAAAAAGCUGUCCUCACAGGAGCUGGGAGUUUUCACGAUGCAGAGGAUUUUCAACUCAUUUGUGUACACGGAGAAGACAUCAAACGGAGAGACAGAAGUUCAGCAGUUGGCCAAGAAGAUUCGGGAAAAGUUUAACCGCUACCUGGAUGUGGUGAACAGAAACAAGCAGGUGGUGGAGGCGUCCUACACGGCCCACCUCACCUCUCCUCUCACAGCAAUACAGGACUGCUGCUCCAUACCUGCAUCCAUGAUGGAGUUUGAUGGAAACUUCAAUACCAACGUGUCCAAGACCAUCUGCUGUGACAGACUUUCCCCCACAGUCAACAGCAGGGCAUUCAACCCGGGACGAGACCUCAACUCAGUGUUGGCGGACAACCUGAAGUCCAACCCAGGGAUAAAGUGGCAGUACUUCAGCUCAGAGGAGGGUAUCUUUACCGUCUUCCCCGCCCACAAGUUCCACUGCAAAGGAAACUAUGAACAUCGUAGCCGGCCUGUGUAUGUCUCUGCAGUACGUCCACAAUCAAAGCACAUUGUGGUGAUGGUCGACCAUGGAGCAUCUAUAACAGAUUCACAGCUUCAGAUCGCCCGUGAUUCUGCUCUUGUUAUCCUUAAUUCGAUCGACGAACACGAUAAGAUCUCCAUCCUGUCUGUGGCAGAGGUGGUCCGCUCCUGCUCUCUGGACCAAUGCUACAAGAGCCUGCUGUCUCCGGCCACUAGCGAGACUAAGAGGAAGAUGAGCACCUUCAUCUCUAACAUCAAGGCCUCGAAUGGAGCCACGCAGCAUGCAGCUGGCUUCCAGAAGGCUUUCCAGCUGCUCCGCAACACCAGCAGCCUCAGCAAGCAGAGCUCCACUACAGAUAUGGUCAUAAUCUACCUUUCAUCUGGCGUUACGUCUCGAGAGUCGUCCGAGCUGGAGAAGAGAGCGACACUCAGCGUGGUCAGAGAGGAGAACCGACACCUCAACAACUCCGUCAUGAUCCUCACUUACGCUCUUAUGAACGAGGGAGUCACAGGCUUGAAAGAGCUGGCCUUCCUCAGAGACCUGGCCGAGCAGAAUUCCGUCAAGUAUGGCGUUGACCGAGCGUUUGAACGGGAGCGCGCCUCGCCCGGAUCGGCCGGAGCCCCAAUGAUGCCGGUGGUAAAGGGCAGCAUGAUGGUGCUGAACCAGCUGAGCAACCUGGAAACAUCAGUGGGACGCUUCUACAUCAACCUGCCCAACCGCAUGAUUGACUUGGUGCGCUUCAGCUUGCCCUACGCCGACCCCAUGGGAGACGGCUUCAUCAUGACUGUGAGCCGGCCCUGUUACUUCGGUAACCUGCUCCUCGGUGUGGUCGGAGUGGAUGUGAACCUGGCUUACAUCCUCGAGGAUGUCACCUACUACCAAGACUCGCUGGCUUCUUAUACAUUUCUCAUCGACAACAAAGGUUACACCCUGAUGCAUCCAUCUUUGACCAGACCAUACCUAAUGGCAGAGCCGCCCCUGCAUACUGAUAUUAUCCACUACGAGAACAUCCCAGGAUUCCCUGUUGUCCGACUCAACAUCCUCAGCCUCCCUUUAGGCAGUCAGAUCAUUGCUGUGCCUGUCAACUCUUCCCUUUCCUGGCACACAAACCGGCUGAGGGACAACAGCAAAGAUGCAUAUAAUGUCAGCUAUGCCUGGAAACUGGUCCAGGACACAUCAUUUAUUCUGUGCAUCGUGUACAUCCAGCCGGAGAUCCCAGUGAAGCAGCUGAAGAACCUGAACACGGCGCCCAGCUCGAAGCUGCUGUACCAUCGCUUAGACCUGCUGGGCCAACCCAGCUCCUGCCUGCACUUCAAGCAGCUCGCCACUGUUGAAUCUCCCACAGUGAUGCUGUCUGCUGGUAGCUUCUCCUCUCCAUAUGAACAUCUCAGUCAGCCAGAGACGAAGCGCAUGGUGGAGCACUACACGGCCUACCUCAGUGAUAACACCAGGCUUAUUGCCAACCCAGGCCUCAAGUCCUCUGUCAGGAACGAGGUUAUGGCAACCAGUCAUGUUACGGAUGAGUGGAUGACACUAAUGGAAAUGAGUAGCCUCAACUGCUACAUUGUGCGGCGUUACAUAGCAACGCCCAGCGGGGUGCUCCGGAUUUACCCAGGAUCGCUGAUGGACAAAGCGUUCGACCCGACCCGCAGACAAUGGUACCAGCAUGCUGUGGCUAACCCAGGCCUCAUCACCUUCACCGGUCCCUACCUGGAUGUUGGCGGCGCAGGAUACGUCGUCACUAUCAGCCACACCAUUCAUGCCUCCAGCUCUCAGAUGGCCCCUGGGUAUGCAGUUGCAGUGAUGGGUAUAGACUUUACUCUUCGCUACUUCUAUAAGGUCCUGCUGGAUCUGCUGCCCAUCUGCAACCAGGAUAAAGGCCAUAAGAUCAGGUGUUUUAUAAUGGAAGACAGAGGAUACCUGGUUGCUCACCCAACCCUCAUUGACCCAAAGGGUCACGCCCCAGCAGAACAACAGCACAUCACUCACAAGGAGCCACUCGUGGCCAAUGACAUCCUGAAUCAUCCAAACUUUGUCAAGAAAAAUCUUUGCAACAGCUUCAGUGACCGAACAGUGCAGCGCUUCUACAAGUUCAACACCAGCAUAGUGGGAGACCUCACCAACCUCGUCCAUGGCAGCCAUUGCUCCAAGUAUCGCCUGACUAGAAUCCCUGGCACCAAUGCAUUUGCCGGCAUUGUCAAUGAGACGUGUGACUCGCUGGCUUUCUGCGCCUGCAGCACGGUGGACCGCCUCUGCCUCAACUGCCACAGGAUGGAGCAGAAUGAGUGUGAGUGUCCAUGUGAGUGCCCUCUGGAUGUCAAUGAGUGCACAGGCAAUCUCACCAAUGCUGAGAACAGGAAUCCCAGCUGUGAGGUGCAUCAAGAACCAGUCAGCCUGAAUGUGAUUGACCCCGGUCUGCACGACACCCUGCCGCAGUGCAUCAACACCCGCUGCAGCCAGAGAUACUCUAGCAGUGACUGUUUCGGUGUGCUGGACUGUGAGUGGUGCAUGGUGGACAGCGACGGUAAGACCCACCUGGACAAGCCGUACUGCGCCCUGCAGAAGGAGUGUUUUGGAGGCAUCGUUGGAGCAAAGAGUCCAUAUGCAGAUAGUCUGGGUCUUAUGGAUGAGGAAGUGGCAUCUUUGAACAUGAUCAAGAGCGCCCCUGUAGGUCCGGUCGCUGGGGGCAUCAUGGGAUGCAUCAUGGUGCUGGUGCUGGCCGUGUACGCCUACAGACAUCAGAUCCACAGACGCUCACACCAGCACAUGUCACCACUUGCUGCACAGGAAAUGUCUGUGAGAAUGUCCAACCUCGACAAUGAAAGAGAUGAGAGAGACGAAGACAGUCAUGAAGACAGAGGAAUCAUCAGUAACACCAGAUUCAUAGCUGCAGUUAUUGAGAGACACACUCACAGUCCUGAACGGCGACGGAGAUACUGGGGCCGAUCAGGGACAGAGAGUGACCACGGCUACAGCACCAUGAGUCCACAGGAGGACAGCGAGAAUCCGCCCGGAAACAACGACCCCCUCUCGGCAGGGGUCGACGUCGGUAACCACGACGACGACAUGGACCUGGACACGCCCCCUCAGACAGCCGCGCUCCUGAGCCACAAAUUCCACCCGUACCGACACGUGCACACCCACCACCACCCGCUACACACACAGACGCAUCACCUGCAGGCUGCUGUGACCGUGCACAGCGUGGACGCAGAGUGCUGAUGCUCCGGCGGACUGAACUCGUUCUUAAUAAAAGACGUAUUUUUGUAAAACAUUUGAGUUUAAUGAGACGAUCCACACUGUGUACUUCAAGGUUCAAAUGAGUGGAGGAAGAUCACCACAGCUGGACCCAGUUCCUCGGAGAUGCUCGGAUUCACACUCUGAAUUAUGAAUGAUGCCACGAUGUGUCGACGUGGCAACGUCUUCUUGCUCUCAUCCCCGCUUUAAUUCAACCUAACCUAAAGCACAUGCAAAAGGCAGACCUGGGCCAGUACAUGUAAGCAGUUGGGAUUUCCAGUUGUUUCCUUUGAAGGAUUCAGAACUCGCAGUUUUAACGAGAACAGGAGACAACUGGAGCCCAAAAACUUUGAGGAGAGACACAAAUCUUUCAAGGUUCGGUCCAGUAUGGAUCUUUCUUGACUAUAAAUGCAGCCCAAAAUAGCAAAGGGCUCUUGCCCAGAGGUUCACACCCGGGGCAGCAUCUCUGAAAAACAGAAAAAUAUAUACAUUUUUUUCUGCCUAAUAGAGCUGCGUCUAGUGGAACUCAUUACUUUUCUCUCAAUGUUCUGGUCUCCAGAGUUUAUCUGGGAGUUGUAGCCUUUCUCCAAAAAAGAGGCUUCUGGUGUCAUCCAACAUGCUGUCUGUCGGGUGAUACCUGAACACUUUCAUGAAUGUUUGUGAAUGUCAACGUAGGGAAGAAAAUUCUUCAAUUCUUCAAAUACAUAAAAAAACACUUUAUGAAUACAAUAUUAUUUUUCUACUAUUUAUUAAAGACGUAGAUCUUCAAGAGCUGACAAAGCAGUGAGGCAGUAAGUCAUUUUGCAAACAGCGCAUCAGAUUCAAGGCUCAUUAUUUUUGCUUUUUUUUUUCGCCCCUGAAAAUAUAAGAGACAGAUACCAUUACAUUUUUUCGAUCUAUUUUUACUACUAUCAUAGGUUAAAUAAAACUGUUUCUUUUUUAUUAUUGCAACAGUAUUUUUAUAUUGUGAUAUUUUUCACACAUUAUUCAUUUUCAGUCUUGUUACAUAUGCCGCUCAUAAGGAGUUGGCUCUUUGGAUUAUAAAGGCUACACAUCCCUGACAGAUGAUGGAAUAAAAUUAGUUUCAAGUCUUUUUUCCACAUGAUGAUCAGAUUUUACAGCAGUAAAGAUAUCAUUGCAUUUAGAUUUUUGGGCCAUUCUCAAGCUUAUGGUGAGAACAAACUCAGAUUCAACUCAAACCAUCCAUAAACACAUUCAAAUUGUGUAAGAAGCUGAAUGUUUUUUUGGGGGGAGCUGGAUUAAGAUAAUGAGCCUUAUUCUGUGUCAUGACAUGUAACACAUAUUUCAGUUUUCCCGAGGUAUGUGUAUUCUUGUUCAGAUGAAGCAUCUUUGAUAGGGAUGGAAAAAGAAAAAAAUGUCAACCUUUGGUAGAUGGAGGAGCAGCAGCUGAAGCCAACACCAGCAUUAAAACAUUCCUGGCUUUAGUCACUGCCGGGGGAGAUUUGUGUCAGGAUGAUAAUUGGGGGAUCCUUUAAGAGUUCCUGGCGUAGGCGGACAUUUUCUGUCCUGAAUAGAAAGCGGGACAGGACAUUGUCUCACUACGACCUUUUUGCCUUUGAGGCCAAGCUGAUGCUGCAUGUGCUGCGUGUGAAGGCUGUGUGCAUCGACGUCGUUCUCAUCAGAAUGGAAGGAGAGGAACGCUGCUGCUGCUGGGCAGAGGUUUACACCCGACCGUCGGCUCCUCUGGUUAACCACUCAAACUGUUUGUUUGUUUUCACAUGUGUUUGUGUGUGUCAGAGAGAAUGACGAUGUGUGAUGAAUGUGUGAUUAUCCACCAGAAACACUUUCCUUGAAAGCAUUAUUUUUUUAAAAUGGUGUUAGAGACUAGUAGGUGAAUUUAUUAUGAAUGAAAAUCCUCUGUUUCUCCCGAGAGGUUGCUUCUUUCCGUGCUUUUGUUUUGAUCAGGUCCUGUCGGUGUGGCAUCGUACGGAUGCCAAGAUGUCUAUGUCUGCAGAGAUUCAUUAUAAGCUGUAAAUACAGAGUCAUGAAUAGUUAUUAAUGUCCUGUACACUCAUUUAAAAAAACAACAAAUGUUGAUAUUCAGAUAUUGAAUAGUCUGUUCAUGGUGUCUGGCUAUAUUUUUGAUGCCUUGGAUGUUUUUCUUUUAUUUUUUUAGGCUUAUUUUUCUUUAGGUCCAUAUUGGAUGGAAGUCAGUACUUGGGAAUUUUAAUACACAGUUUAUGUUUAAGAGAAUUGUAGUUUUUAAAGGUUUAUUAUUGUGUGUCUUUGAAAACUAUGUAAAAUACAAAACAACUCUCCACACACUAAAUUAGAUUCGACAGUUUUUCAUUAACGACCAAACCAAACGUUUCCACCUAACUUUUAAUUUAUUUCUCUUUUUUUCCACUCAAAUCUUUUGAUUCGAGUGGAACAGGCAUACAGGAAAUGGAAGCAUUUUUUUCCCCCUACAAACUGAAAUCGACAUCUUUUUGUUUCAGCAGUAUUUCUAAACAGACUUAAAAAAUACUAUGUGUGUUUAUACAGAACACAGAAUUACAAGUUAUUGACCGAAGGAACAUGUGUACGUCACCCAACCCCGCUCCCAAUGUAUUGUAUACAGUUGACUGAGAUUAAUUGCAAUGUGAAUGUGAUAAAGUGCAUUUUACAGUUAAA